AUGGCACAAAAUCAGUACCCGUCUACGGUGUUACCCUUUCUGCUGAUCGCCCUGGCAAGCACCAGGAGCAACGUUAUCCUGGCAGACGCCCGUAACCUGCUGGAAUUAAACUUGCCAGAGCUUCAUCUACCAGAACUGCCUGACCUUACCGAUCUCCCUGGAUUACCAGAACCCGAGCUGCCAUCAUUGCCUAAAGUGGAAUUGCCUGAUUUUCCAGCUCUGCCAGAGCUCAAUGUUCCCACACUGCCUACAGUGGAACUGCCAAAAAUCCCUGGCCUGCCUUUGUUUCCUCAGUUUCCGGAGGUCUCAAAGACUGGUGCAUCAGACAUACACAAGGACUCCCCUCAGCCAUCCACCGGCCUGGACAAUGCCUCAGCAGCAUCUGGAAAUCGUCGGCUCCUGAAUUUCCCUGUAAUUCCCACUGUUCUCCCGUCUCCCUCUUUGUUUCCGCCGUUGCUCCCUAAUCCUGCUUAUCCAAGUCCUGACACGCCUCCAAUCACAUACCCUGGAAACCCUCCUUACAAUCCUGUCGUCCCGUAUUUCCCCUUCUUCUACGUACCUCCACCAUCUAUUCCUAGCCCUUGA